GUGCGCGCGCCCUGCCCCGCGUCGCCGCCUGCGUGCGCGCGCCCGGCGGCUGUCGGGUUCUUAUAGCGGCGCCGGCGGCGGUCGCGCGGGGUUGGCGGCGCGGCGGACAUGGCGGCCAAGCGGCUCGUGGUGCUGGGGCUCCUGCUGCUGGGCGCCCGCGGCGGCUUCGGAGCAGGGAGCAGGAUCUGGACGUCGGUAGAGGAUGAUGGCUCCAAAACCCGCCUCACCUGCGCCUUGAAUCACAGCGCCACCGAGAUCGCGGGCCACCGCUGGGUGAAGGGGGGCAAGGUGCUGAAGGAGGACGCGCUGCCGGACCUGAGGAUGGAGUUGGAGGUGGACUCGGACGACCGCUCGGGCCGGUACUCCUGCAUCUUCCUCCCGGAGCACGCGGGCCGCACCGACCUGGAAGUGAAGGGGCCCCCCAGCAUCAAGGCCGUGAAGAAGUCGGAGCACGCCACCGAGGGCGAGGCCGUGGUGCUGGCCUGCAAGUCGGACUCCUUCCCGCCCGUCACCGCCUGGCUGUGGUACAAGGCCAGCGAGUCCGGGGACCAGGUCAUCGCCAACAGCUCGCAGAGCAAGUUCUUCGUGGUCUCCUCGGAGACCCGCACGGAGCUGCACAUCCCGGACCUGGACCUGGGCACGGACCCCGGCAAGUACGUCUGCAACGGCACCAACUCCGCGGGCACCGGCCAGGCGGUCAUCUCGCUGCGCGUGCGCAACCGCUUCGCCGCGCUCUGGCCCUUCCUGGGCAUCGUGGCCGAGGUGCUCGUGCUGGUCACCGUCAUCUUCAUCUACGAGAAGCGGCGGAAGCCCGACGAGGUCCUGGAUGAUGAGGACACCGGCUCUGCUCCACUGAAGAGCAGUGGGCACCACGUGAACGACAAAGACAAGAGCAUUCGCCAGAGGAACGCCAGCUGAGCGGUGAGGGCGGGGCGCUGCGGCUCCGGGCUGCUCUGAGCACCCCUUCCCGCGGGGCCAGGACGAGCCUGCAGGCGGAGCGCUUCCCGGCGUUGGCAGAACCCGCGCUCUUUCCUCUCCCGGGACCCCACCUGGUGAAAGCAAGCCACGUUGUGCAUUCACAUCUCAUGUUUUCUCUCCUUUUUAAAGAAAAACUAAAGUAGGGUUUUCUGUGUGUAGAAUUCUGCUCCUUAGGGGCUUUUCUUUUCUUUUGUAAACCUUUUGUGAGCCCCCGGGGGGGCCCUGAGGUUUGUGUGAGGCCCCUGCUGACCCCUGGCCCGUCCCCCUGCCACCCCCACCACCGCUCCCUCCCCUGUGUCCCCUGGGCUGUGGGUCUCCUGGUCUGUCACGUGGGCGGGUGUGGAGGAGAGAUGAGCCUUUUCUGAGCCCCAGGUUCAUCUCCUGGAGGCUGCUGGGCUGUGUGGGGCCAGAGCCAAGUCCCUGCCCUUUGCGGAAGGUCACAGGAAGGUCCCAGGCCGCGUGCGGUGCCAAGCAUCCUGCCGUGAGAAGCCAGUGCUGUCACUGCAGGUCUGACCACGUGGCUGCCCUGAGGGCGUCCCCCUCACCGCUGCCCCGUCCGCUGCGGACCGUCUCAGAGCAGCAGCUGCUGUGCCAGGCCUCCCGCCCCGCCUUCCCGCUUUCCAAUAAAGUCACCCGUCAUCCUC